AUGGCGCCCUUGUUCUCCCCUAUCGGCCUCGUUGGCUUCUUCUUACGGCACCUUUAUAGCUGCACAGCCUACUCUCUCAACAACCUGCGGUGUCUCAUCUUCGGCAAAGCCAUCACCAUCGCCAGAUCCUCCAUAUUGUGUCUUCUAUCCUCCAUCGAAAUCGGCACCCUAAUUCUCGUCGACGAGCCCUUCGGGGAAUGCCACGUCUUUGGCCAGCUGCGCGACAGCGAUGACGACCUCGACGUAGACGGCGAUGGCGAGCUCGACCUUGACGCCAAAGUCAAUACCCACGGCCCCGCCUCCCUCACCAACUCCAUCGUCACCCUCGCCGUCUCCCCCCCGCUCUUCUACACCCGUCUCCUCCCCCACGCCGACAUGGGCUUCGCUGAGUCCUACCUCCUCGAAGAGGUGACCUGCGACGACCUGACUGCCUUCUUCCGGCUGUUCAUCAUCAACCGCGCCCGGCUCAACAACGGCAGCACUUGGUGGUCUGCGUUCCUCGGCACCGUCGUCUCUCGGCUUACACGACUCAUCACCUGCUUAGGGACAACGCCCAACACGGCCGAGGCGGCGCUCCGCAACGCCGCAGCACACUACGACCUCGGGAACGACCUGUUUGCGGCCUUUUUUUCCCCCCGACAUGACCUACUCGUGCCCGAUCUGGCCUACCAGCGACAGUUCCACGUGUGGGCGGGGGAGAGGGUUAGGAGGGAGGGGUUGGUGGGUUAUCGGGAGGUGCCGGGUCCGUUUGGGGAGUUUUGGGUGGGUGAGGAUGCGGGUAGGGGUGGUGAGGGUGGUGAGGGUGGUGAGGGUGGUGAGGGUGAGGAUCGGGGUGAGGAUGUUGGUGGCGGUCAGGGUGAGGACGACGCCGGACGGUACGACAGGAUUGUGUCGGUCGAGAUGAUCGAGGCGGUGGGGAAGGACUUCUUGGCGACCUACCUCCGCACCGUCGACCGGCUGCUCAAGAAGAACGGGGGCAUCGCCGUGUUCCAGUGCAUCACCAUGCCCGAGGGGCGGCAGGCGGCGUACGAGUGGCGGGAAGAGUAA